GAUGGCGAUCAAUACGGCAGAAAAAGUGGAAUAUUUUAGGAAAACCACGACAUGCAAGGAAACUAAAAUCUCGGUUACCGAUCUGAUAAGCUCGAUGUGACAGGAGCUUGAAGCCUGCUGUCAAAAAGUGUCACCGGCCCACUGAGGCCUGGAGCUCUGCCUCUGCCUGUGUUUCGUUCAGAUUGCAUCAGAGUCUGAAGCAUCACACAUGAAUGAGCUUUUGCUAAGUUGUCAGGAGUCUGGCAACUUUAUCAUGGAUAUGUACGAUGACGGCCAACUGGGUGAUGGAAGGUGACUUCAGUUUAUCCAGCACUGUAUUUUUUGACUGACAUGCCCUGAUGAUGGCUGCUAUGGCUUUUUGUAAUGAAAGCCUGUUGGAGGAAUGUGAGUUCAUGGAACCAGACGCUGCAGGAGAACCAGAUGGAGGUCUACCAUCAGAAACUGGAUCUCCUCUAAUAUCAGUCACGCUGCGUGUGACACUGGCAGCCAUAAUGAUCUUCAUGAUAACUAUUGGUUUCCUGGGCAAUGCAGUUGUGUGUCUGAUUGUUUACCAGAAACCUGCUAUGCGCUCUGCUAUAAACCUUCUUCUCGCCACGUUGGCCUUUUCAGACAUUAUGCUGUCUCUGCUCUGCAUGCCCUUCACUGCCGUCACUGUGGCCACUGUCGACUGGAGCUUUGGAAGCGGGUUUUGCCGUGCAUCCAUCAUGCUGUACUGGCUGUUUGUUCUAGAGGGAGUGUCCAUCCUUCUUAUCAUCAGCGUGGACCGUUUCCUCAUCAUUGUGCAACGGCAGGACAAGCUCACGCCACACAGAGCCAAACUGUUGAUUGCAGGUUCGUGGAUGCUCAGCCUGUGUGUGUCCUUACCGUCUGUAGUCGGAUGGAGGACAGGUGCGGCCAGUAUUGGGGGAACCUGGGCACCCCAGUGUGUACUGGGGUACAGUGAGUCUCUGGCAGACCGUGGGUACACAGUACUGUUGGCAGUAGCAGUAUUUUUUGUUCCUUUUGUUGUUAUGUUGUACUCUUACAUGUGCAUCCUCAAUACAGUGCGUCGCAACACACUACGCAUCCACAACCACACCAAUGAGCAUUCCUGCCUGCCAGCGCUCAACCAAGUCAGCAAAAUGAGGCUCACGGGGCUUCAACGGCCCCCACAGAUCAAGGUGGACAUGAGCUUCAAGACCAGAGCCUUCACCACCAUCCUUAUCCUGUUCGUGGGCUUCUCAGUGUGCUGGUUGCCUCACACAGUGGUCAGCCUGUUAGCCGUGUUCAGCCGUCAGUUCUACUAUAGCUCGGUCUUCUACCCGAUCAGCAUAGGCGCUCUGUGGCUCAGUUACCUGAAGACGGUCUUUAACCCCGUUAUCUACUGCUGGAGGAUCAGGAAGUUCAGGGAGGCAUGUCAGGAGUUCAUUCCCAAGAGCUGCAGACUGUGUCCCAGAGUACCAGGCCGGAGUCGCAGAAGAGUCAGACCCAGUAACAUCUAUGUGUGCAGUGAGACUCAGUCUGCAGUGUGAGCGCAGGAUGACCUGUUUAUGCACAAAUUAACAGCAGCUUCAGUGUGUAUAUUUUAGGCGGAUUAAGGAGAAUCCAAACGGAGAUGGAAAAUAGUACUCAUAGUGAUGUUUUUAAUAAGAUUUGUUGUGUUUUUGUUACCAUAGAAUGAUUAUUUUAAUACCCUGUCCACACUAACGCGGAUAUUUUUCUGGGCAUAAACAUUGGUCUUCACAAAUUCUGGCCACAUGCCCUUCAUUUUAAAACCAUCUCUGUUCACAUGACAAUGCAGAAAUGACUGUAAACUGGUACAACUGCUCGGACGAGGAAAUUGCUUCUG